CUGAGGUCGCCCAGGCUCCCGGGAUUUGACAAUGACUGUGAAAUUCUGUCUCUCCCUGUUGUUUCAUGCUGGCACUGGGCAGAGUGUGGGAACUACUGCCUCAACACCAUCACAGAAGCCAUUGAAGUGCCACAGUUUAUGGGCCGCAGUUACCUGCUAUAUGACAACCCAGACAUCCUCAAAAGGGUGUCAGGAUCAAGGACAAAUGCCUUCAUGAGGUUUAAGACAACUGCCAAGGACGGCCUGUUGCUGUGGAGGGGAGACAGCCCUCUGAGGCCCAACAGCGACUUCAUUUCCCUGGGCCUUCAGGAGGGAGCGCUGGUGCUCAGCUAUAACCUGGGGAGUGGAGUGGCAUCCAUCACGGUGAAUGGCUCCUUCAAUGAUGGCAGGUGGCACCGAGUCAAAGCUGUGAGGGAUGGCCCGUCGGGAAAGAUCACUGUGGACGAUUACGGCGCCAGAACCGGCAAGUCGCCAGGCAUGAUGAGGCAACUGAACAUCAAUGGAGCUCUGUAUGUGGGUGGCAUGAAAGAAAUCGCUCUGCACACGAACCGACAGUACAUGAGAGGCCUGGUAGGCUGUGUCUCCCAUUUCACCCUGUCCACCGAUUACCACAUUUCCCUUGUGGAAGAUGCCAAGGAUGGGAAAAACAUCCAUACGUGUGGAUCCAAGUAACACCAGCUGGCCUCGCCCAAGGGACAGAGCCUACUUUCCUGAGACACCCCGGGGCCCGGAGACCCUGCCGGACGCCUCACCCAGAGGCACUGGGACCAGGUGUGUUUCCCCUCCUCCUACAGCAAGGACACCUGGAGGAGAGGCGGAGAGCUGAGACGGCAGUCCCCGGUGGCCUUCUCCACCGAUGCUCUGUGGACCCAACCAAGCAGGGCAUGCUGCAGAGCAAGCAUUGGAGGUGAGCCAUCCCAGGUGUCGUGGCUGCCAGAGAUCACACUUCCAUACAGAUUCCAGAGCCUGUGUGCUGUAGCUCAUUGACUGCCUUGUGACUCAGAGGGCUCCAAAAGAGAAAUAAGGGACAGCAACCCAAAGGGCAGUCUGAAACCACUUCUCGAGAUUCGCCUGACUCACCGCCCUCUUGCUGAUAGCCCAAUGACUGGGUGACCUCGCCCCUCCAAGUGGCCCACAGACUGGUUCAGAUCUACCCUUUUAGCGCCUCGCCGCUCUUUGUGCUGACGGUUCCGGGGAGACUAAACGUGAUCAGAGUGCUCCCCACAAAGUGGACCGCUAGACCUGUGGUCCUUUUUGUAUGAGGAGCGCCCUGAAUUUGUAGCUC